GCGUGCGCAGUGGGCGGAGCUGCGCGUGCGCGCUGGACGUGGUGCUGCGCGCGGGAAAGUUGGCAGCUGAGGCGGCGGCGUGGUACCUGCUUCUGGAAGCUUCUGGGGAGCGCGCCGGGGCGGCGGCCUCGGCGUUCCUCUGCGCGAUCGUGGCCGUAAUGCUGCUGGCGAUUAAGUAGUGUUGAAGAAGACUCAGUAGCUGAGAAUGAUGGAAGUCUUGAUAUUAGAGAUUGAAGAUCCAGGUUGCUUUUGGGUUACUGUAAAAGGAUGUGGGCCUUAUGUAGUCAAUGAAAUAGAAUAUAAAAAUCUGAAUGCUGAAAUGAAUCAGUUUUAUGACAAAUCUUGUCAAGAUGCAGAUGAAAUAAAGCCACUAACAUUACAAGAAGGCCAGAUUUGUGUGGUUUUUAGCAAGGAACUGAAAUGCUGGUGUAGAGCAGCUAUUAAGUCAAUCAUGUCCUGUACAGAUCACUAUCUAACAGAAUGUUUUCUUGUGGAUUAUGCCAAAUAUAUUUUCGUUAAAUCAAAUGACAUUCGGGUUGCAGUGGAAGCAUUUAUGAAAAUUCCAUAUAGAGCAAAACAAUGUGGACUGUAUCGCACAAAGCCAGUGACUUUGCAUAUCAACUUUUGUGAAGAUACUGCAAAAAUAGUACCAGCCAAAAGAUGGGAUUGUGCUGCUACUCAGUAUUUUCAAAGCCUUCUCAAAGCAACUACCCAAGUCAAAGCACGUUUAUGCGCUAUUGAAGGUAACAAACUUGAUGUUCUUCUUUAUGUGACAAUAAAAAAUGAAAAGGUAUGCGUUAAUGAUGAUCUUGUCUCAAAGAAUUUUGCUCGUUUUGAGGAGGGUAAAGAGAAUACAGAGCAUCCUGCAAAUGAUCGAGAGCGCCAGACAUCAUUAAAUGUUGAGUCUCCUCUUCCACUAAAAAUUGUUAAUCCUGCACUUGCUUUCAGCCCAGUGCUGUUUCAGGAGAAGGUAUCCAAGUAUCUUGAAACAGGUCAUGCUAUUUCCACUUCCUUUCUCUUCAAGAAAGGACUGCACAGUCACCAGAUGUCAAGCACAGAUCUAAACGCAAGUACUGAAUCUAUUGUCAAAGCAGGGCUGGGUUUGCCUUUUGAGGAAAACACAGCUAUUCCUGUUCACACAGACAGACUCCUGCAGUUCUUAAAUUCUGAUCCUCUGAAGACUGACUUUAAUAAAGGUGACCAACAGUUUCAGAAUUUGCAGAAUGUUAGUGCAGAAGAAAACUUUGUUUUUCUUAGCAACAAAAUUGAGCCAUCUUCAGUUUUGGAAACAGCACCACUUUUUGAUGAUCUGAAAAAGGAACUUAUUCGGAAAAAAAUUUUAGGCCCUAACUUCACAGAAUCUUACUGUUGGCCACCAAUAGCUCGAGGAUGUGAUGUACUUGCCAUCUCACAUCAGGGAAAUGAUCCUCUCUUAUAUAUUCCACCAGUUCUUACGUUUUUGCAGUCGGAAAGUUGCUACACAUCCUUACCGAAUAGGAGUGGACCACUAGCAUUAAUUGUAUGUCCUGGAUGGAAGAAGGCACAACUUGUUUUUGAAUUAUUGAAAACAUACAGCAGAUGCUCCAGACCGCUUCAUCCCAUGUUGAUAAUAGUUGGGCAAAACAAAGAAGAAGCUAGAAACGUGAAAAUUCAUCGAGGAUGUGAAAUUAUCGUGACUACACCGUACAGCCUCUUGAGACUGUUGGAACAUCACAGCUUAUUAUUGCUCAGACUUUGCCAUCUUAUUUUUGAUGAGAUUGAGGUACUGUUCUCUGAAGCUAGUGAACAGGUUUUUACCAUACUAGAUUAUUACAGGAAAACUGUUAUUAUAGAAGAACGCCUAUAUUCACCACAUCAGAUCGUUGCUGUUGGAACUUGUUGGAAUAAACAUAUAACACAUUUACUAAAGGAGUUCAUGAAUGAUCCUUACAUUGUGAUAACUGCUAUAGAAGAAGCUUCCAUAUGUGGAAACGUGCAACAGGUCGUGCAGCUUUGCUUGAACAGUGAGAGAAUUGCUGUGUUGCUCAGAAUACUGGAUUUUACACCUAAUAAUGUUGAAAAGAUGCUGAUAUUCACUAGUACAAUAAAUGAAGCACAAAUGGUUCAUCAGGCACUGAGGAGCAAUUCAAUAUUUUCCUUGAAAAUACAUAAAGAAAGCAAGUUUAAUUUUGAAUAUGUUUUAGAACACUGGACAAAAAAGUAUAGUUCUGGCACUCGCGUUGUGUUAGUCUUAACAGAUGACUGCAUGCAGUCUUUGGGAAUUACAGAUGCAACUUGCGUGAUACAUUUCAGUUUUCCUUCUUCUCCAAGAAUCUUUGGUCAGCGUCUACACAACAUGUCUGACAACUUCCAUAAUGUGAUAGAGAAGGGCUCUUUUGUUGAUCAGGAAUAUACAAAGGCAAGGUCAGUCUUACUACUAACAGAAAACAAUGUGUGCCAUGCUCUUGGGGUCCUGCACUAUUUGAAGCAUGCUGAAGCUGAAAUUCCACCAGAACUGCAUGAUUUUACUGCCAGGGUGCUAGAAGCUGAAGAAGAGAAGAAGCUUGCAAGGCCACUGUGCACCUAUCUUAAAACACUUGGGAUUUGCAAGAAUAGGAGAGCCUGUCCAGAUCGUCAUCACAUUAAUGUACAAACAGACAUACCCCAGAAUAUACCAGAUAAAAUUACACCAACGCCUGGGUGUAUGACAAUAGUGCCUUUGCAUAUUGUAAGUGCAACAAACUACUUUGGUCGCAUAGUAGAUAAACAAAAGGACCAAUAUGCAAUUCUUGCUGAAGAAAUUAAUGAGUAUUUUAAGAAGCCUAAUAAUAACAUCUCUGUUGAAAAGGUGGAGAAGCUAGCAUUGUAUGGAUUGUAUGAGGAAACAUUUUUUCAUAGGGUUCAGGUGGUAGAGAUUUCCCCAAAAAAAGAAGAAAAAUUAUUCUUUAAUGUUACAAUUAAAUACAUAGAUGAAGGCAGAAUGAGUCAAGUUGAGAGCCAUCAACUGCUUCAGUUACCUGCAAGAUUUCAGUGUCUGCCACCUCAGGCUGUGGAAUUUAUAGUUUGUAGCGUGAAACCCAUUGACAAUGAGAUUGAAUGGAACCCAAGGGUUACUAGUCAUAUUUAUCACAAAAUUAAAGGAAAACCACAUGAAGCAAAAAUGGUCCUUACUUUGGGAAAUACAGUUUGGGUUGACCCAAUGGUCCGGGUUACCAGGCUUUCAAAUUUGAAGACUUAUGUCAAUGAAUACAAUGUUCGAUCUGAGAUUUUGUCUAUGGGGCUGGGAACAGACAAUCCGGAACAUAUAAAACAACUUCAGAAGUUGUGCAGACACGUGAAGGUAUUAGCUCAUGAGAAGAACUUGGAGACUUUAAGCAUAAAGGAGGAAACUGUCAGUCCACAAAAUGUGUCCCACUUGCAGAAUAUACAAGAAAACUCUACUGAAAGCUGUAGUUCUUCCAAAAUGACUUUGGAGCAUCAUCCAUAUGGUGGUGUAUCUGAAGUUAAGGAAGCAGAAGACUCUACCCUUCAUCAGCGUAAAUGCCUAUUGGAAAAGUUCUUGGUAAGGAAAAAAAAUUAGGGUGAUUGAAGAUUGAAUCUGCAUGUAUCUCCUUCUGCAGCUUUGCUACCACAGUGGAAGGUCUUUUCCAGUAAGUAAUAUAAGUUGAGGUAUGGCUCAUCAGUUAGGUUUGUGAGGGCUCACAUGUGGCUGAAGAUAUGAUAAGAGAAGCAACCUGAAUGAACUGAUAUCACAGUUUCCUAACAGGGUUUAUCUUCUAUUGGUUAUAAUAUUUCAGAAUUUGGGGGAAGUCUGAGAUUUAACAGCAGUUGAGUAUGCAGUUGAAAACCUUGAUGAGAAAUGUGUCUCUGCCUGGUUAAAAAGUCUGAUUUCUUUUAGAGGUUGGUCUUGCUACUGUUACCCUUUCCACUGUCAUUCCAAGGAUUAGACUAUGAUAGUAUACUUAAAUGAGGCAAUAUGUUUGAUCAAAGUCGAUGCACUGCAUUUCUUCCCACUUUAGCUAAUAGAUAUGCUCCUCCAAAGACUGAGACCCUAGUGCUUUUGUAGCAAGCUUGGCUGACAGAAUAUAACGUGCUUUCUUGGCAUUCUACAGUGUCAAAUUAUUGUGGCUGAGUACCCAUACACAUGCUGAAACUCAGCUGCUUGUUUGCACCCUAAUGGGAAUACCAUGGUUGUAUGUAAAAGAGCUUGUCUAAAACUUGUUUUUCUAUUUUGGAGUAAGUCCUGUUAAACUUUAUUUAUUUUAGCUUUUAUCCAGAAAUAAAAUGGUUUCAAAAUGAAGAGACUGUUACAGUGAAGGUAAAAAUAGCAAGUAUAGCUGACUAUAAAUGCAAGUUCUCUAAAGAGAAGGUGGUUU